AUCGAGUUACCACUUACCGCUGCACAGGUACUUACUUCGUUGUUCUUUCUCUGUACGUGAUUAUUGUGUUGUCGUGUACAUACACGUGGUACAGAAUUUUGUACAAAAAAGUCGAUACUGUUUAAAUAAGCUUUUUUAUAAAAUAAGGUACUCUACCACCAUGGAUACUUCUAUGACAGGCAAAGAAAUUCGUCAAACAUACAUCGAUUUCUUUAUUAGCAAAGGUCAUAAAUAUGUUCAUUCUUCAUCCACAAUUCCACUUGAUGAUCCCACUUUGCUUUUUGCAAAUGCAGGAAUGAAUCAAUUUAAGCCAAUAUUCUUGGGUUCAGUUGAUCCAAAUUCUGAUAUGGCUCAAUAUGUGAGAGUAGUAAAUACUCAAAAAUGUAUUAGAGCUGGCGGUAAACAUAAUGACUUAGAUGAUGUUGGAAAGGAUGUUUAUCAUCAUACAUUCUUUGAAAUGAUGGGGAAUUGGUCAUUUGGUGAUUACUUUAAAAAAGAAGUAUGUGCCUGGGCAUGGGAACUUCUUACUGAAGUUUAUAAGAUACCAGCAGAUAGGUUAUAUGUCACAUAUUUUGGUGGUGAUAAAACAUCAGGGUUAGAACCAGAUUUAGAGUGUAAAAAUCUUUGGUUGAAUUUAGGUCUACCUGAAUCUCAUGUAAUCCCAGGUAGUAUGAAGGAUAACUUUUGGGAAAUGGGGGAAACUGGACCAUGUGGUCCCUGUUCUGAACUACAUUAUGAUAGAAUUGGUGGUCGAGAAGCAGCUCACUUAGUAAAUAUGGAUGAUCCAGAUGUCCUUGAAAUUUGGAAUUUAGUGUUUAUUCAAUUUAAUAGAGAAAAUGAUGGAUCAUUAAAACUAUUGCCCAAAAGACAUAUUGACUGUGGUCUUGGUCUUGAACGUUUAGUUUCUGUUAUCCAAAAUAAAAGAGCAAAUUAUGAUACUGAUUUAUUUGUUCCUUUAUUCAAAGCUAUUGAAAAUGGCACAAGAGUAAGACCCUAUUCAGGAAAAGUGGGAGCUGAUGACAUAGAUGGAAUAGACAUGGCAUACAGAGUAUUAGCUGAUCAUGCAAGGACUUUGACUAUUGCUUUGUCAGAUGGUGGAUGUCCAGAUAACACUGGCAGAGGUUAUGUUUUACGAAGAAUUUUAAGAAGAGCAGUUCGCUAUGCUUCUGAAAAAUUAAAUGCAAAACCAGGUUUCUUCGCAACUUUAGUAAAUACUGUAGUAGAGAUAUUAGGGGAUGUGUUUCCUGAAAUUGGAAAAGACCCCGAGUCAGUUAUUCAAAUAAUAAAUGAGGAAGAAUUGCAAUUUUUGAAAACACUUACACGUGGGCGAAAUUUACUUAAUAGAACAAUAGAAAAAUUGAAUGAUUCUAAGGUGAUCCCAGGAGAUGUUGCUUGGAGGAUGUAUGAUACAUAUGGAUUUCCUAUAGAUUUAACGUAUUUAAUGUGCGAAGAGAGGGGUUUAACCAUAGAUAUGGAAGCAUAUGAAAAAGCAAAAAAAGAAUCACAAUUAUCUUCACAAGGAAAAGCUGCGGGCCAAGAAGAUUUAUUUGCUUUGGAUAUACAUGCUAUAAGUCAUUUAAAAGACACUGGUAUUCCAACUACAGAUGAUUCCCCAAAAUAUGACUAUACUCCAUCAGCUGCUGACAAAGAUGCGAAGUAUGAAUUUAAAACUUGCACAGGUACAGUUCUAGCUUUAAGAAAGAAUAAACAAUUUGUUGAUCAAGUUGUUUCUGGUGAUGAAUGUGGAAUCAUUUUGGACCGCACAAGUUUCUAUGCAGAGCAGGGAGGUCAAAUCUUUGAUGAAGGGUUUAUGGUCAAAGUAGAUGACGAAAGCGUAGAAUUUACUGUUAAAAAUGUUCAAGUUAAAGGUGGCUAUGUUUUGCAUAUAGGAAAAGUAGAAGGAUUACUAAAAGUUGGUGACACUUUGUCUCUCAACAUUGAUACAGAAAGACGAAGACUUGUUAUGAACAAUCACACUGGAACUCAUAUUUUAAACAAUGUUCUCAGAAAAGUUCUUGGAAACGAUGCUGAUCAACGCGGAUCUUUAGUAAUGCCUGAUCGCCUCAGAUUUGAUUUCACGAAUAAAGGUCCUAUGACUACAAAACAAAUAAAAGACACCGAAGAUCAAAUUAAAAGCAUUAUUAACGAAAAUAAACGCGUGUAUGCUAAAUACACAAAUUUAAGUGAAGCCAAAAAAAUUAAUGGCCUAAGAGCAAUGUUUGAUGAACAAUACCCAGAUCCAGUUCGUGUGGUGUCUGUGGGAAUACCUGUUGAAGAAUUGGAAAAUAACCCCGAAGGUCCCAAUGGAUUCGAAACCUCUGUAGAGUUUUGUGGUGGAUCCCACCUACACCAAACAGGACAUAUCGGAGAUUAUGUUAUCGUAAGCGAAGAAGGUAUAGCGAAAGGUAUCCGCCGGAUUGUAGCAUUGACAGGACCAGAAGCGGUAAAAGCUAUUAAUAAAAUGAGCAUUUUGGAAAACGAAGUUAACAAUAUAACUAAUUAUAUUAAAGAUCAGGGUGACAAUCUAAACCAGAAAGACACCGUGAAAAAGAUAGUAGAACUUACGAAUGAAAUUUCACAAGCACAGAUAGCAUAUUGGAAAAAAGAAGAAUUAAGAACUAUGCUCAAAAAUUUGAAAAAGCAACUUGAUGAUAAGGAACGCCUUGCAAAAGCCGCUACUAUUAAUCUUGUAAUUGAAAAAGCGAAAGAUAUAUGUUUAAGCGAAAAGUCCUCGGAAGUGAUUGUGGAGGAAUUAAAAGCUUAUGGCAAUACAAAGGCUCUAGAUGGUGCUUUAAAACAAGUCAAACAAUUGCUUCCAAACUCUGCAGCAAUGUUCUUUUCAGUAGAUGAUGAAUGUAAUAAAAUAUAUUGCUUAGCUGCAGUGCCCAAAAGUUUAGUAGAAAAAGGUUUACUCGCUUCGGAAUGGGUACAAUCCGUUGUAGGAAUUAUGAAUGGCAAAGGCGGAGGAAAAGCAGAAUCAGCUCAAGCUUCAGGAAGCAAUUCUUUGUGUCUUAAUGAAGCAAUAAAAAUUGCACGUGAAUUUGCAAUUUCUAAAACAACUAAUUCUUAAAUUGAUUACUUCAACGAGUUUAUAAUGAAUAAUAUGUAAGG